AUGACCACAAGAAACUGCCGCCUGCUCCUCAGUAAAUGCGCGACCCUAAAGGAACUCCAACAAAUCCAUGGCCGAUCCGUCGUCGAAGGCCUCCACCCCCACCGCCAAUUUAUCUCCUGCCAGAUCCUCAACGCCUACGCCCGAUUUGGCCAUGCCAAUGAUGCCCGUAGCCUCUUCCGCGAGAUCCCCAUCCCCGACAUCGUCUCCACCACUAGCCUCAUGUCGCUCUGCGUUCGAUCCGAUGACCACCUCGGAGCCGUCUCCUUGUUCUCUGGAAUAUUGUGCUCUGGUGGGCCGCCGGAUGGCUUCGCCGUUGUUAGCGCCCUCUCCGCUUCAGGCCGGAUGGGCGAUGUCAGAAUCGGUAGGACGGUUCAUGCUAUGGUCUAUCGAUGGGGGUUGGGCGGCGAGACGGUCGUUGGCAAUGCGUUGAUAGAUAUGUACUGUAGAAAUGGAAGGAUUGAGUUGGCUCGCAAGGUUUUCAGUGAAAUGGUUGUGAGAGAUUCUGUAACGUGGUGCAGCAUGCUUCAUGGGAAUAUGAAACACAUUGGAUUGGAAUCAGCAUGCCAGUUAUUUGAUGAAAUGCCGAUGAAGGACACGAGUUGCUGGACAGUGAUGAUCACUGGUCAUGUGCAAGCAAAGCAUCCGGUCCGGGCGCUACAGCUGUUCCUUCGGAUGAAAUCAGAGGGGCACAUUCCCACUCCAAUCACGCUGGUGGGAGUUCUCUCGGCUUGUGCCGAUAUUGGAGCACUAGACCUUGGGCGCAUGGUACAUGCAUAUAUCAACAAGAUAAAUGUUGAUGCUGAUGUUACUGUCUAUAAUGCAGUGGUAGAUAUGUACUCGAAGAGUGGGAAUGUUGGAAUGGCCUACCAAAUUUUUGAUGAGAUGAUCUACAAGGAUGUUUUCACAUGGACCACAAUGAUUUCUGGUUUAGCAGCUCAUGGAGAUGGAUAUGGAGCCAUGAAAGUGUUCUCCAAGAUGUUAGACUCUGGAGUUCUCCCAAAUGAAGUCACAUUUGUAGGUGUUUUGUCAGCAUGCAGCCAUUCUGGGAUGAUACAUGAAGGUAGAAAAUGGUUUGGCAGAAUGAAGUCAAUCUUCAAUUUAUCUCCUCAGCUAGAGCACUAUGGAUGCAUGAUUGAUUUGUUAGGGCGAGCUGGAUUGCUAAGCGAAGCAAAGUCGCUCAUCGAAAAGAUGGACACAGAACCAGAUGCCAUCAUUUGGCGAUCUCUGCUUAGUGCAUGCCUAGCUCACAGUGAUGCUCAUUUAGCUGAGGUUGCAGGGAAGGAGAUAAUUAGAAAAGAACCAGAGGAUGAUGGCGUCUAUGUGCUGCUGUGGAACAUGUAUGCCUCAUCGAACAGAUGGGAAGAAGCCUUGGAGAUGAGAAAGAAGAUGUGGAAGAGGAAGGUGGUCAAGCAACCUGGAUGUAGCUGGAUUGAGGUGGAUGGAUUUGUCCAUGAAUUUCUAGUAGAAGACAGGACACAUCACCUUCGAAGUGACAUAUAUGUUCUCUUGGAAGGGAUGGCCAAGCAACUCAAGAUGGAUAGCAAUAUCUCCAUAUUCGAUGAAAGUGACCCAGGUGAUUUUUUUCUGGACCCAGAGCUAUUCAUUUAGGUAGUUGAUUGUUCUUACAUCUGUAAGUUAUUUCAUAUGCCGAGCAAUUUGUCGGUUUCAUCAUCUUGCUGCCUGUCAAAGAAAAUGGUGUUUUACUGCAAGCUAAGCUAUGAACAUCAGAACCCAAACAAAUGGAGUUUUGUCCAAGCCCAGGUUGUUGAAGGAGCAAAACCCAUUGGAUAUCAUACUAGGCAAUCCCUAAAGGUCUGAAAUGGGAAGAAGAGAGGAUUAUAGAAUUAACCUACCAUGUGAACAGAAUUGAACUCAUCAAAAUUAAUCAAUCAAUAUAGAGCUGAUAUUUCCUUCAAGCAAAUUUCAGGAAAUAAGUGGGAGACUAUAAUGAUGAUCACUAGAAGAGAAGUUCAAGAAGGAAAAAAGAGUUGUCAUGUAUAAGAUACAGGUCACAAAUGGGGAGAAGUUUUGCAUCAAGAAUUUACCAUGAAAAUUCUUAAAGCUUGGAAAGUUAGAGGUUAGCACAAAGGAGUUUGCCACAAACUUGACUUUUAUCUACGGGAAUCAUGGAGUUAUAGAAGAAAAAUGCAGGAUUCUAUUUCCAGGACGGCAUUGAACUUGACUCUUCUGGAAAAUUGAGAGCAGUUUCAGUACCAAAUACAAGUCAUAACACUCCACCACCUAAAUAUACAGAACUAUUCGAAUCAAGAAGGCACUCCAAUUCCGUUCACUGCAGAACUCCUACUUGAGAUCUUGAGAUUGCUCUUCGUAAGUGCUUCAGAGAUCUCUGAUAACAGAGAAAACCCAUAAACCAGAACUCAAAAUCAUCCCCGGUGACAAUCUGGAUGUACUUUUGAUGAGGCUUGUCUGAGUUCUCACUCAGGCUGGCCCUUUUCACCCUUCCUACUGGGAUCAAAACCUGUGGCAGUCAAUGGAAGUUAAAUGUGAAAACAUUCUACAUAUCUUAUUGAUAGUAAAUUCUCUA